UGACUAGUAAUCAGCUGAUGCUGUUUGUCCUACUGCCUGUGAGUAGAGGAUCACGACUCAGUAAUAACGUCUGAACACCUUUCUCUGCGACGAUUUAGUGUCUCGGAAUAACAGGAUAUAACAUUUUCAACACAUAUUAAUAUCUGCAUCCAAGAGCUAACCCGAAGAAACCAAGAUGUCGGCGAAAGAGCGUAUUGACGUUUUCCCUUCCAGAAUGGCUCAGACCAUCAUGAAGGCGCGGCUGAAGGGAGCCCAGACGGGCAGGAACCUGCUGAAGAAGAAGGCAGACGCCCUCUCCAUGCGCUUCAGGCAGAUCCUCAGGAAAAUCAUCGAGACCAAGACCCUGAUGGGCGAGGUGAUGAGGGAGGCGGCCUUCUCUCUAGCGGAGGCCAAAUUCGCUGCUGGAGACUUCAGCACUACGGUCAUCCAGAAUGUCAACAAGGCCCAGGUGAAGGUCCGAGCUAAGAAGGACAAUGUUGCAGGUGUGACCCUGCCAGUGUUUGAGCAUUAUCAAGAAGGGGGAGACAGCUAUGAGCUGACUGGUUUGGCCCGCGGUGGGGAGCAGCUCUCGCGGCUAAAGAGGAACUAUGCCAAGGCGGUGGAGCUGCUGGUGGAGUUGGCCUCCCUACAGACAUCAUUCGUGACUCUGGAUGAAGCCAUCAAGAUCACUAAUCGCCGUGUCAAUGCCAUUGAGCAUGUGAUCAUCCCCAGGAUCGAGCGCACCCUGACCUACAUCAUCACAGAGCUGGAUGAGAGGGAGCGAGAGGAGUUUUACAGGCUGAAGAAGAUUCAGGAGAAGAAGAAGCAGCAGCGCGAGCGGACGGAGAAGGAGAUUGCGGCGCGGUUAGCAAAGCUAGGUCCCGUAGCCGAGCCAUCCAACAUGCUAACCGACGAGAGGGACGAGGACCUGCUCUUCGAGUAGCAGCCGGAGCUAGCGUUAGCAGCUAACGGGCUAACGGCCAGCACUUGGGGGUGAGCGAAGGGGGCAAGAUAUCUGCUGCGUUUGUGAUGGCGCAGUGCUGCUUUUGCUGUGCAGCGUUGAAAUGGCAAAGUGCACAUGCGUGCUGCACAGCAAAAGCAUCACUGUGCCAUCACAAAUGCGGCCCUUGACGUUCUUAGCCCUUUUAACAUGCCCUUGCUGCCCAAACUCUCCCCCAUACUUGAGGAGCUGAUGUUGUCUGUAAAGUUCGACGGUCUUAUUUAUUUCUGUGCCUCUGAGGCCAAUCGCAGAACAUCUUGUGUAAAGAAAAGAAAAGAUAAAAAGAUGAAACUAAUGAGUAUAAAGUAUUUUCUCUUUUCAUGUCUCCUGUUCAGCUUCGCGUGUGUGUGUGUGUGUGAGCGUGUACAUUCAUGUCUGUGAUGUCUUGUUUCUUUUUUUUUCUGUUUUGUUAUAUUGUUUACGAUGUGCAAUUUUGUGAGGGGUGGGGCAGGGUGAGUGCCCAUAUUGGUCUCCAUGGCACAUGUGUGCAGGACUGUAGUGCUACUGUGUUACCCAUGGCAUUCCAUCUGUUUACACAUGUAAAUUAAAGCAUUCAAGACAUGUAGUAUAUCCAGGACAACACAUACUACAAUAUGAACUCCUCAACCUCUAUUGGAACGCCUCAUUCUGUAUAAAACUUGUAAACAUCUACAUGAAUCCACGUGUAUGUGUACAUGGAUAAAGGGAAUAAUUUAGCUACAACGUAUUUGGAACAUUCCAGGCAAAUAUACAUGUACAUUGCCGUCGUCAUUGCAAUUAACCGGUUUUCACUCUGGACAAACUUGCAUGUGUGGUGUAGUAGAAUGGUGCCGUCUAUCUUUCCCUUUGUUGUUAGUAGUAGUACUGUCAAGAUGACCAGUCAUUGGUUCAAAUCACUUCACUUCCCGCCCCCUUUCAUUUCUUGAGUCCCUGAUUGGACAGCGGUUUGACCUUUCACCCUUUGUCACCACCCCCAUAUUCUGUCACAAAAUAUGACUACAGUAAUAAAAAAAAACUGGAAU